AGUACUACCUGGCAAUCUGUUUAAGACCAUUGACAGGCCUGAGAGUUUUCCAUUUAGCCUGCACCCUGACCUCUGGGAAGAAACCAUCCACAAUGUAAUUUCUACAAGAUUAGAAGAAGGAGAGAGGCAACGGGGAUUCCACUUUUACUAGGAGUAUCCACCUCUGAGAGGGAUAUAUCCAUCUCUGUGGAUGUCAUCUACUCUGCAGAAAACCCUUUCCUGGAACUCCCAGGAAACAUGAAUCUGAUGUGGACCCUUCUCCUCUUCCUCCUUUUGGACCUAACUGUCUUCACUCCAGCUCUGCCCUUCUCAACACGACAUAUAGACAACCCCAGGUCUUGGGUCCCUAGAGGACACCACCGAUACUGUGAUGUGACGAUGAGGUGCCGCUGGCUGAUCCAUAGAGGUAAAUGCAAGCAGAUCCACACAUUCAUUCAUAAGAAUCUGACCACCAUAGCAGAUUUCUGCAGACCUCCACCAGUGCCCUGUACCAACAGCCCCUCCAUGUGCAGCUACCACAACAGGACUCAUGAUGUCAAUGUCACUGACUUUGCCAGCACAGGGACCCGACCUCUUCACUGCCACUACCAAAAAUAAGGAGUCCACCAGGCCCAUGCGAGUGGGCUGUAAAAAGGGGGCACCUGUUCACCUGGAUGGCUAGGUUCCUCCUGAUACUGGCACCUGAGUGACUUGCACCCUAUGCCUUCAAAUCUUUGCAGCACUGUCUAUGUCUUCUUUGUAAAUGCUUCUUCCCUUGCA